AGAGUUGUCUGUGCUGUGUUGAAGACACAACCGAAUAGUGGAACUCUUCACACUAAACCAGGGAUGUUAAAAUGUCCAAAUAUUUCUUUUCCAAGAUUGGUCUCGUUAAGAUAAAGGAUCUUUUCGGACUUUUAAAGCAGUCGAGAAGGAUCCAUAUUGUUCUGAAUCAUCAAUGCCGUAAGUACAUCAAGUCCAUCAAGGGAAGCCGUGAAAAAUACUCUGCAAAACUCAGCCUGCAGACUGACCAUGAACAUCAGCCAACCCUUGAACAUUUGCUCCAGGAUAAAGUGUAUAUAGCAGCCUUCCACUCAUAUCUGCAGUCUGAGUUUAGUGAUGAAAACAUUGAGUUUUGGCUCGCUUGUGAGAACUUCAGGGCAACUGCCUCGUCAGAUAACCUGCAGCGGAAAGUCAGGGAGAUCUACAAGGAGUUCAUCCAGCCUACUGCCACCAAAGAGAUCAAUGUUGACCACUCCGUUAGAGAGGAGAUCAAGAAAUCCUUGGAUAAACCAAGUCUAACAUGCUUCAAUGAGGCCCAGAAGCACGUUUACCUCCUCAUGGAAAGAGACUCUCGUCCAAGGUUUCUGCAGUCCAUCGCUUACCUGAGACUAAAGCACAAAUCCAGGACUCUGUGGUACAUUUAGAUGCACUUC